AUGGAAGAUGGAAAAUUUUUGAGGCGUUGGGUCUAUGUGUUGGCUUUCUAUUCAUCAAGCGAUUGUCUUUAUUUUAUCGCAUUUUUAUUUCUAAUUACUUCCAGAGAAAUAUCAUUCUACUUCGUCAUUUACUCCUUGUGCAUUGCAGCAGACAUGAUUUCUGAUGAGCUUUUUGAUCUUUCAUGUUUUACAUUUAUUCCCAAAGAAACGAACGAGAGCAAGAUGCUUCAUAUCGUGAGCCCAAAAGAUGAGUGCAAAGCUCUUUUAGGAAGUGGAAUUGUGACGCAAAAGUUUGGGUUCAAAAACAAGGAGUACAACGAAGCACGAUGUGGCCCGCUUGUGAAAGAGCAAACUCGUCGAACACGUUCAAAAAAAGUCUUCCUCUGAAUCAGCA